AUGGCUAAGUCAAAGAACAAUGCCAAGAAGUUGUCCUACAUAUCAGUUCCUUCUCAGAUCAUCAAUUCCAUAUCAUCUUCUUCUCUGCAAUCACUUCUUGACUCUCCCAAGAAGUCUUCAAGGAGCACCAGCAGGCUCUUUUUCUUCUUCACCAACAGCAUCUUCAGGAGGCCAAGACUAUGGUUUUUCACUCUCUUUUUCUUUGGUUUCCUUGGCAUGCUCAAGUUUGGCCUCACCCUUAACAUCCCAUUUUCUCCCCACCCAUGUGUUACCACCCUGCCUCAGAACAUGAUCUCAGCCCCACUUUCAAAGUCAGACCUUGGUGUUGUGAGAGACAAAAACAUAAAAUAUAAGGAUUUGUUAGCACAAGCUUUGCUUUCCCAUGUGGAGCUGAGAGCACAGGGAUUGGACAAGGUGGAAGGUGAUGGAGAUGAUGAGAAGAGUGAGUUCUGGAAGCAGCCAGAUGGGUUGGGAUACAAACCUUGCUUGAGUUUCAGCAGGGAUUACAGAAGAGCAAGUGAUGGGGUUCUAAAGGAUAGGAGAAAGUACCUCAUGGUGGUGGUUUCUGGGGGCUUGAAUCAGCAAAGGAAUCAAAUUGUUGAUGCAGUUGUCAUUGCUAGGAUUCUUGGGGCUGCUUUGGUUGUUCCUAUAUUGCAAGUGAAUGUCAUUUGGGGUGAUGAAAGUGAGUUUGGUGAUAUAUUUGACUUGGAACACUUCAAGAGAGUUCUUGCCAAUGAUGUGCGAGUGGUUUCGGCACUGCCAUCAACGCACCUAAUGACAAAGCCAGUGGAGGGAAGUCCUCCCCUUCAUGUCACUCCUAGUUGGAUCCGUUCAAGAUAUCUCAGAAGAUUCAACAGAGAAGGUGUUUUGCUCUUACGUGGUUUGGAUUCAAGGCUUUCCAAGGAUCUUCCUUCUGAUCUUCAAAAGCUUAGAUGCAAGGUUGCUUUCAAUGCACUAAGGUUUGCUCAACCGGUUCAGGAACUUGGUGACAGGAUUGCAGAGAGAAUGAAGAGCAAGGGGCCUUACCUUGCUCUUCAUCUAAGAAUGGAGAAGGAUGUGUGGGUGAGGACUGGAUGCCUCCCUGGUCUGAGUGAUGAAUUCGACGAGAUUGUUAACAAUGAGAGGAUACAACGGCCGGAGCUAUUGACUGCAAGAUCAAACAUGACUUACCAUGAAAGGAAGAUGGCUGGUCUAUGCCCUUUGAAUGCUGUGGAGGUUACCAGGCUAUUGAAGGGUCUAGGAGCUCCAAACAAUGCAAGAAUUUAUUGGGCUGGAGGGCAACCUUUGGGUGGAAAAGAAGCCUUGCUUCCAUUGAUCCAAGAGUUUCCUCAUUUUUAUAGCAAGGAAGAUCUUGCCUUGCCAGGAGAACUACGACCAUUUGCAAAUAAGGCUUCCAUAAUGGCUGCCAUAGAUUACAUAGUCUCUGAGAAGAGUGAUGUUUUCAUGCCAUCUCAUGGAGGAAAUAUGGGCCAUGCAAUUCAGGGUCACAGGGCAUUUGCAGGGCACAAGAAAUAUAUAACUCCAAACAAGAGACACAUGCUACCUUAUUUUCACAAUUCUUCCCUCUCUGAAGAAGAGUUCAACAGAAUCAUGAAGGAGUUGCACCAGGACUCAUUGGGGCAGCCAGAACUUAGGACUAUAAAAGCUGGAAGAGAUGUUACCAAGUAUCCUAUUCCUGAGUGCAUGUGCAAUGACUCACAUUCUAUUUCCUGA